AAUUAGCAAAACCUCAGGUCUCCGAAUCACAGCAGCAGGGUGAGGCAAACAUGGUUUUAUCGAACAAGAAGCUGAAGCAACGUCUCAGAGCAGAGUUGGCCGAGUCUUUAGCUGCAUCUGUAGCCAAAUCAGAUUCCAACAACGAUGCCUCCUCCGCAAAUCCAAACGGGGAUAGUCAUUUGCAGCAGCCUAAGCCUAAGCCUCAGCCUCUAAAAGUUCUUUUGGACUCGGCAACUCAAAGGCAGAGAUUGUCCAAACGUGAAAAGCGCAGAAAAACCCUAUCUUUACAAGGUCCCAAGGCGGUACACUGUGAUGGUUCUGAAGAGAAUAUCAGUAAAGGAGGAGGAGGAGGAGAAGAAAAUGGAAUUAAGGAAGCUGGAUUAGACGGUUUAGGGGAUAAGAAGAAGAAGGAGAAGAAAAGAAAGAGAGAAACUAAUGUAGACGAGAAAGAUGGAGUUUUGGUGUCAGAGGAAAAUGGGGUCGAUAAAUCGACUGAGAAGAAGAGCAAUAAGAAGAAAAAGAAGAAUAAGUAUAAGAAGAAGAAUAAUAACAAGGCCAAAGUUAAGGAUGAGGAAGAGAAUGAGAAAGAGAAAGAGAAAGAGAAAGAGGACGAGAAAAUGGUAAUGGAAACGAAUACGAAUCUUCUGAAUGAUAGUCAAAUAAAUGGAAAUGUUACUACAAAGGUUUAUGUUGGAGGAAUUCCUUUCUACUCAACUGAGGAUGACAUUCGAAGUUAUUUUGAAGCCUGCGGCACAAUAACCGAAAUUGAUUGUAUGACAUUUCCAGAGAGUGGAAAGUUUAGAGGAAUCGCCAUUAUCAGCUUUAAGACAGAAGCUGCAGCUAAACGAGCCUUGGCUCUUGAUGGAGCCGACAUGGGUGGACUCUUCUUGACCAUCCAGCCAUACAAAACAAAUCGAACCAACAAAUCAUCAAAUUUUGCUCCACAAUAUGUAGAGGGUUACAGAAGAAUCUAUGUUGGCAAUUUGUCAUGGGACAUCACUGAGGACAAACUAAGGAAUUUUUUCUCAGACUGCAAAAUAUCAUCUGUACGAUUUGGUAUGGACAAGGAAACAAGUGAAUUUCGAGGUUAUGCUCAUGUGGAUUUCGUAGACAAUCUUUCUUUGACAUUGGCACUAAAAUUGGAUCAGAAGCACGUUUGUGGAAGACCCGUGAAGAUAAGUUGUGCAGUCCCCUUGAAGAAAGCAGCAGGGACGGAGUUCUCAAGACCCAUUCCUACAUCUACAGAGAUUACUACAUCAAGAACUGUUUCGGCAACAACAGAAACUACUGCUUCAAGACCUGUUCCGACAACCACAGAAACUACUGAUUUGAAUACUGUAGUGCCUGCUGUUGGUACUGGUAAGAUGAAGAGAAGGACAUGUUAUGAAUGUGGUGAGAAGGGUCAUAUUUCUUCUGAGUGCCCAAUGAAGCAAGCAGCUGUUUCAACAACUACAGAAACUAGUGAUUUAAGACCUGUUCCGACUACCACAGAAACUAUUGAUUCAAGACCUGUUCUGACAACCACGGAAACUAUUGAUUGGAAUAAUGUAGUGCCUGCUGUUGGUACUGGUAAGUUGAAGAGAAGGACAUGUUAUGAAUGUGGUGAGAAGGGUCACAUCUCUUCCGACUGUCCAAAGAAGCAAGCAGCUGUUUCGACAACUACAGAAACUAGUGAUUCAAGACCUGUUUCGACAACCACAGAAACUACUGAUUCAAGACCUGUUCUGACAACCACUGAAACUAAUGAUUGGAAUAAUGUAGUGCCUGCUGUUAGUACUGGCAAGAUGAAGAGAAGGACAUGUUAUGAAUGUGGUGAGAAGGGCCAUAUUUCUUCUGACUGUCCAAAGAAGCAAGCCACUACAGAUUAAACCUGUAUGCCAUCUUUCUAUGUUUUUUUGUGAAACAUAUGUAGGGGAAGCACUUUUCAGUUAGACAUGUAACAUUGUUUUCAAAGUCAGUAUUGUGGCUUAGUUUUUAUUUGACUUGGAGAAAAAAUUUUGUAGCUCUGUAAGUCAGCACAUUUUUUCCCCCUCUUUAUGAAAGUUUUAAAGAAGAAAACUAUUAUCCCAA